AUGCUACCCAAAAAGUUUAGCGGCGAAAUCGGAAAAAUAAAAAGUCAAGGUGGCGACGAUGAGAAUCACGACGAGCCAUACUGGUUCUCGAAACUGAUGUUUCUCGAGCCCCAUCUACGACUACGAAAGCCUACGAAUUCGUCUCUGGCUGUGAAAAUGGAAGAGGAUUUUCGCUUGCAGACAUCAGGGACUAAACGUUUAAAGACAGACAUAAGCAUACUUCAGUCAGAAGUAAAGCUGAAGCCGAAUAUGGCAGCGCUCUCGUGGGAUGAGCCAGAGCCGAAGAUAGAAGCCGAUGAAGUGGAAAACCAAAUGGAUAGCGAGAAUAGGAAGACGGAAAAAAUGGGAGAAAUGCCACAAACUUUUGUAAGACCCUGUCCAACAAGAAUGUUUACUGAUGUCAUUGAGGCUUUUGGAGAGUAUAUAAAAGCCGAAUUGGCCGAACUGCCAACUGAGCAACAGGCUGAGAUACGCCGUAAGAUUGUGAAGACCAUGUUCGAAACACAGUCAGAGUAGGCUUCUGAAAUUUGAUGAUCCCCAUAUGGGUAACGACAUGGCAACUAAACGAAGUACAAAUCAUAAAAAACCAUUACAAUUUUUCAUAUUAUUUUAUAUUAAUUAUGUGCUUAUAAAGGCAAUAAAAACUGACAAGAUGUGCCAUAGUUUUUGUAAA